CCAUGCAUAGCUGAGGCUGGAGAAAUGACACUUCUGUAACUGAGUUUAUCUUCCUGGGCUUCUCCAGAAAUCCCAGGACCAACUGAAUCCUUUUCUUCCUCUUCCUAUUUCUUUACUUAUUUAUAGUCCUGGGCAAUGGGCUCAUGGUUACCCUGAUCAGAGUAGAUGCACGUCUACACACCCCCAUGUACUUCUUCCUCAGCAUCCUUUCUGUACUGGAUCUUAGCUAUGCCACCACCACAGUGCCCCAGAUGUUGGUCCAUCUAAUAAACAAUAGAAAGACCAUAUCUUAUAUUGGGUGUGUGGUCCAGAUGUACAUUUUCCUGACCUUAGGCAUCACUGAGACCUGGAUUUUUGCAGCCAUGGCCUAUGACAGAUACGUUGCCAUCUGCUAUCCACUCCAUUACGGGGUCAAGAUGGGUCAAACCCUGUGUGUAGUCCUGGAAGUCAGCUCUGCCCUUUGUAGUCUCACCUGCACCCUUGUCUUUGCAAUAAAUCUGCCCUACUGUGGCCCCAAUGAAAUCAACCACUUCUUUUGUGAAAUUCCUGCUGUCUUGAAGUUGGCCUGUGCAGAUACAUCCCUCAAUGACCAAGUGGACUUUAUCUUAGGUUUCCUCUUGCUCUUGAUCCCAUUAUCUCUCAUCCUGACCUCAUAUGUUUGCAUCUUUAUGGCCAUUCUAAAGAUUCACUCCACACAGGGAGGAAUAAAAGCCUUCUCCACCUGUGCCUCACACAUUACUGUGGUCACUAUGUUCUGUAUUCCAUGCAUGGUCAUGUAUAUGAGGCCCAGCUCUGAAGCCUCCCCAGAGGAUGACAAGAAGUUGGCCCUGUUCUACAAUGUUAUUUCUGCUUUUCUCAAUCCCAUCAUCUAUAGCCUCUGGAAUAAAGAUGUGAAGAGGGCUUUCCUCAAGUUAAUUGGAAUGAGUGAGGAUGGCCAAUAGGCCAUGAACUGAG